CAAUGGUAUUUUCUUAGUCACUGGUGUAUUCACUGUUUCGCUUGUAUAUUUUUAAAUGAACAAAAUUUCUAAUCUCUGUAUUCUGUCAAGAAACUGUAUCAAUUUAUAAUAAAUUCAUCCACUUUGCAUUUCGCUGUAUAAAAUCUAAAGACGUGUUUACUGAGUAAACAUGUCGGGACCAAUGAUUUUGUGCCAGUUGUGGAUGGGCGGUUUGGAACCAUAUAUGACAGAAAGUUUUAUUAUGAAUGCUUUCCACAAAAUGGGAGAACAACCACAGACUGUCAAAGUCAUGAGAAACAGAUACACUGGUGAGCCAGCUGGAUAUUGCUUUGUUCAUUUUCCUACUGAUGAAAUGGCUCUGGAUGCUAUGCACAAGUUGAAUGGCAAAUUCAUACCAGGCUCAAGUCCAGCGGUAAGAUUCCGAUUAAACCAUGCCAGCACAACAGGCAAGCCAGCUGCUGAUCGUGAGUUCAGUAUAUGGGUUGGAGAUUUGUCAACAGACGUUGACGAUUAUUCGUUAUACAGAGCAUUUGCUGCGAAAUAUAAUUCUAUCAGAACAGCUAAAGUUAUUUUGGACAGUUCAGGAUUUAGCAAAGGUUAUGGAUUUGUGAGAUUUGCUAAUGAAGAUGAGCAAAAAAAUAGUUUGGUUACAAUGGAUGGGUAUUGUGGCCUUGGCACUAAGGCACUGAAAAUAUGUAACGCAGUGCCUCGACCGUGGAAUAAAAUGAAUUGUACGACUCCACCUCAAGCUUCGGAUUACUCCUCUACAAAUAUGAACUCUGAUGCUUACAAUUAUUACGAUACAUCUUCUUAUUGGAGCAGCUACAGUGCAUGGCAACAUGGUUAUUAUGAGAGUGAGCCACAGUCGGAUACUUACAACAACUACAGUGUCGAACAUAAAGCUGAAGAGGAUGAAUUAGAACUUAUUGAACAUUCCGUUCCUGUGGACGUCGAUAAAUCGAACAGAGACGUUAUCGAGCAAGAUUACAAUAUGUGGGAUGCGUUAGAGAGUUCGAAAUGGAUACCGUGUGUUACACUUGAAUUAUGUUACUGAACAAAAAUUACAGCGAAAAGCAAUGUCCAUUUUUUCAAUCUGGAGCAUUUAUAUUUAAAGCAAGAAUUCAUUGAUUAGCAAUUGAUUCGAAAAAUGAUUUCAAAAUACUUAAAAUUGGAAAUAAAUACUCCUUAUUCUA